AUGUCGGCAAGGUCGGCAGAAGAGGCAGGGGUCAAGGUCAUUGUACGGUUCCGGCCAGUCAAUGACCGCGAGAGGGCUGAGGACGGCGGGAAGAAGUCUGCGGUGAAUUGCUCGGACGACGGGCAGAUCUCGAUCUCGCUGUCCAAGGAUGAGAUGCCGAAGCAGUACAAGUUUGACCACGUGUUCUAUGACCAGUCGCCGCAGUCUGAGAUCUACGAGCGUGCGGCCAAGGCGACGAUUGAGGAUGUCAAGGCCGGGUACAACGGCACGUUGUUUGCGUACGGACAGACCGGGUCGGGCAAGACGUUCUCGAUGUUUGGCCCGCGAAUUGGCGACGCGUCGCUUCGAGGAAUCAUUCCGCGGGCAUGCAUGGACAUCCUGGAGAUGGUGACCAACGACAAGAAGAACGUGUGGCAGGUGUAUGUCUCGUAUCUGGAGCUGUACAACGAGCGGAUCAACGACCUGAUCAACACAGCAGGCAAGGACCUCAAGGUGAUGGAGAAGAUGGAGAACGGACAGAAGCAGGUCUACGUCCGUGACCUCCACGAGGAGCGCGUGCACACCAUCAACGAGGUGUACGAGCUGAUUGUCAAAGGCGAGAUGGCGCGUGCGCAGGCGGCGACCAAGAUGAACCAAGAGUCGUCGCGCUCGCACUGCGUGUUUAUGCUCAAGCUUCGUAAGAUGAGCAGUGACGAUCCAAGCCGAAUGGAGCGGGAGGGGCGGCUGUACAUGGUGGAUCUUGCCGGCUCAGAGAAGCUGUCCAAGACCGGGGCGACCGGGGCAGCUGCGCACGAGGCCAAGUCGAUCAACCAGUCGCUGUCGACACUGGGGCGGUGCAUCAAGUACAAGCCGUCGCGCAAGAAGCUCCCGCAAGUGCCGUUCCGCGACUCGCAGCUGACACGGAUUCUGCAGGAUUCGCUGGUGGGCAACACCAAGACAACGCUGGUGGUAGCGUGCUCGCCAGCGCGGUACAACUUGCUGGAGACGAUUUCGACGCUCGAGUUUGCCAAGCGGGCCAAGAUGCUGGUCAAUGUCGUCAAGGUCAACCGGCAGUACACCCGUGACCAGCUGAUGGCUAUGCUUGAAGCGCUGAAGAAGGAAGUCGAGGCGCUGACGCUCCGCAAUGCAGCGCUGGCCAAGAGCUUGCGUGAGGACGAUGGCGAAGGACCUUCGGUUGCCGAAGGUGACGAAAUUGGCGAAGACGGCGAGGAUGACGACAGCGGUGCUGACCCGCGUGUGGUCGCCGAGUUGCGGAUGCAACUUGUAGAGCUCCAAGCCAAGGCCGAUGCCGAGUUGGAGGAGAUGGCCGAGUCGAUGGAGAACGCGCGAGCGGAUGCUGAGGAGGCCAGGGAGGAGGCCGAUGAGCUUCAGACCAUGGUGGGGGAGCUCGAGGAGGAGAUGGAGGCGCUGCACACAGCGAUGACCGAAGCUGAGGAAGCGGCCGAGGCGGCGGCGAACGAGGCUCAGUUUAAGAUCUCCGAGCUGGAGGCCGCUGUGGCCGACGGUGUGGCGCAGAUUGCGGCGUUGGAGGACGACAAGGCCGAGCUUAUGACAGCGCUUGAGGAGAAGGAUGAGGACAUGGCCGACAUGGCCGAGCUCACCGACGCGACAGAGGCUGAGCUGGAGAAGGUGCAGGCCAAGCUCAGCGAUCUUCUUGCAGAGAAGCAAGAGGCCGCACAGAACGAGUCUGCAGUGCAGGAGCUCCGUGCGGAGGUCAAGCAGCUGCAAGAGACGUUGGCGGCACGUGAGGCCGAGCUUGUGGAAGCGCUGGAGGCGGCCGAGGCUGGCGAUGGGGCCGGAUCGGGCGGCGGCGGCGGCGGGGUGGUCCAGGCCGAGGUAGAGGCGCAGGUGACUGAGCUUCAGAACGAGCUCGCUGAGGUGCGUGCCGAGGCCGCUGAAGUCCGCGAGCAGGCACAGACCGACAUUGACGGCGUGAUCGAGCAGAUGGAAGAGGCGGAGCGCGAUCGCGAUGCGCUCGCCGCGCGCGUCGAGGAGCUUACGUCGCAGGUCAACCGCAAGGUUGCCGAGGAGUUGGCGCCUGCCGAGGCCGAUGCGGCGCGGGUCAAGCUUCUCGAAGAGCAAGUGGCUGGGCUUGAGGCGCGUCUCGAGGAGGAGGGACAGGUGCACGCGGCUACGGUUGAAGAAUUGCGGGCGGAGCUGACCGAGGCCAAGGUUGCGCUGUCGGCGUCGCAAGACCAAGUUGAUGAGCUGACUAAGACCGGAGGCGCCGGAUGGGCAACGCAGGGCCGUGUGGCACAGCUUGCAGCCAAGCGCAAUGAGGAGCUCCACAAGCAGAUUGCCGAGCUACAGGCGACGAUCUCGUCGAUGAAGAGCAAAGUGGCGACGAUCGAGGCUGUGGCGCCGCUCGAUGAGGCUGCGGCUGUGGUGUCCAAGGCUAUGGAGACCGAGGGUGCACUUGUGCAGGCCAAGCUCAAGGCACAACGUACGGCGGCAGAAAAGUCCAAGCUUGAGCAUGAGGUCAUGAUUGCCAAGCAGCUGGCGUCGACGGCCGAGGCCAAGCUUAAGGCUAAGGCUGAUGCGGAUGAGCGACACGAGGAGCGGCUUGCUGAGGCCCAGCGUGAGCUUGCGCUCGCGCGUGCCGAGCUGAAGGAGGCCAACGGAUCGUUGAAAGACGCUCAGGCAGACGUAGCCAUUCGCGACGCGCGUAUUGUCGAGCUCGAGGCUCUCCUGGCCGAGGCGCGGCGGACGCAGGUUCGCGGGCCAAGCAUCUCCAACGGCGAGGCGUCGAGCUCGUCGGCGCCGUCGACGCCAGCCACUCCGGUCAACCGGCGCAUUGCGUCGCUCUCGCCAUCGUCGAGCGAGAAGCGGGUGUGGAACGCCAAGUCGCGCGGCUCGAUUGACUUUGGCAUGAACGGGGCGCUCGACUUUCGGGUCAUCCGGCAGCGGCUGGCUAAGACUGAGAGCGAGCACCUCAAGCGAGCGCAGGAGGAGGCUGCUCGGGCCGACGCGGCGUUCCGCGAGCGAAUGGCGGCCGAGUUUGCCGAAGUCGACGAGUCGGUGGCGGCCAACAUGGGCUUUUCGUGGUGA